AUGAUGGACAGCAGGAUACUGGAUCCACCUCACGCCCAGUUCGGAGGCUCUCUCGGCGGGAUGGUGGGCUUCCCGUACCAUCUGAGCCACCAUCAUGUUUACGAAUUAGCCGGGCAUCAACUUCAAUCUGCGUCCGCGGUUCCUUUCUCAAUAGACGGAUUACUUAAUGGUUCCUGCACGGCUUCAGUGGGCAGUUCCAACCCUCUCUUGUCUUCGGGCUGCGGGAUGAAUGGCGAUAAUCAGCACUACAAACUGACAGACUCGGGGGACCCAGACAAAGAUAGCCCUGGUUGCAAGAGACGGAGAACUCGCACAAAUUUCACUGGUUGGCAGCUGGAGGAAUUAGAAAAGGCUUUUAAUGAGAGCCACUAUCCCGACGUUUUCAUGAGGGAGGCACUGGCUCUCCGAUUGGACUUAAUAGAAUCAAGGGUUCAGGUAUGGUUUCAGAAUCGCAGAGCCAAAUGGAGGAAAAAGGAGAACACAAAGAAAGGUCCGGGUCGACCUGCUCACAACGCCCACCCCACCACCUGCAGCGGGGAGCCCAUGGACCCCGAGGAGAUCGCCAGGAGAGAGCUGGACAGGAUAGAGAAGAAGAAACGAAAGCAGGAGAGACGGCUGCUCAAGUCCCAGAACAAGCUCCUACAUGGGGAUUUAUUUCACACGCCGGGAUCAGACAGCGACAGCGGGGUGUCGCAUGUGACCGACAGUGACCACACCACAGGCCCGCCUUUUGACUCUGUGGGAGGAAACCAAACGCAAUCUAGCUGCGACCAAACACCUCACCCUCUCCAAUCCCAAAACCAGAACCAAAGACACUUGGACCGGGAUGCUGGCGGAUCCGAGCUGGACUCGUCAGACGCCAGCCACCGGUCAAGCCUGUGCUCCAACAACAACAGAGCCUCCGGCGUGCAGAAACUCAACCCUUUUAGCGUCGAAAGCCUCCUUUCGGACUCCAGACCUAGACGCAACCCCGCGGCCUUACCCUCCUCACGGCCUUUGAUAGGGAAAGGACACUUCCUUCUCUAUCCCAUCACACAGCCGCUUGGAUUCAUUGUUCCUCAAACUGCUCUGAAGACAACAACAGCAGUGAACUCUGACUGUGACACCCCAGCGGAGAGAAACCAGCCCAGUGUCCGCUGCAGCGUCUCUGCGGAAUGUAGGAGCAGCUCGCCGGACUCUGCAGACGCCACACAAAAGGGACAAGUGGGAUCAGAGGAAAAGACACGUUCACCGCACACCAGCCCGUCCAGGGCCGCCUUUCCCACUGGCAAAAGUACUCAGACCUCUGUUAUUUGCAGCGAUUCGACUUUCGCCCAUGAACACAGUCCACAGCUCAUCAAGGCUGUUGAUGCAGACAGAAACGAGCAUUUAGAGAAAAAGGACCACCCUGACAACCCCCAGUCUGUCCACAGUGACUGUCCAGCAGAAACAAUGACAGAUUCUAAAGAAGAUGUCAACUUGGAAUAAAUCAUUGGGGGUAAACAAAAAUCAACAAAAAAGAAAACAAGCAGAAACAUACUGAUAUAGCAUCUAAACGACACCUUUCAUUAGGCCAAAGCUUUACCAGAAACUACAUCUUUGCAUCUAAUCUCUAGGUUUCCCCACUCUGCUGAUAUUUCACAAUGGU